UUGCUUUUAGGAGCUCUUCAAGAUUUCUUCCGUGUUUAUUUUGCAAGCACAUACUCAUUAUCGAUAACAUGCUGUGCGCUGUAUCAGAAAAAUAUUUUAUAUAAUGUGGCUGCUAAAAAUUACGAAACAACAUCGAAACAAGUUGCUAUUCCUUAUCUUUACUCAUACAGAGUACCUCAUUUGAUAUUUGGUAAUUUUGAUUACUGGUAUUCGCAAAGGAAAAAACAGUUUGAACUUCAUGACUUUCAUAUUUUGGGUUUUUCUGUGUUGCCAUGGUAUAAGGAUAUACCAGGUACAGACAAAAAAUUUUUUGCGCCAAAGUAUGAACGAGUCUCUUUAACAAAUAGUAUUUUUGUUUAG